ACAUUUGUUGCAAUUUAUUUCUCUCCUUCCUAAAUCAUCACGGAUAAUUUUAUUAUUCGGGUUACGUAAAUAAAAAUUGAAGCGCCUGGUUCGUUCUCAAACUGGGUGCAGAUCGGUGCAGGUCUCGCACGUUGCGCACACAGUGGACGUUUUAACCUUUAAAAGUCGCGUGUUUAGCUCUUCUCUGAUUAACGACAAUAUAAACUCGAAGAAGAGAUAUUUAAUAACUCAAAAUCACUUCACGAUUAUACGACAUGUCGAGAGGAUUGUCUUACGGAAACUGCUUCGGGAGAUAUUUCGUACAGCAGAAAUACACGAAUGUCCAACGCUUUCGACCGCGUCGCUGGAUUCAUCGAAGCUUCGCGCUUUCACGUGCGACCGACGCAAACACAGCCGAGGAUAGAAUCGACGAGACCGUAGAUCAGAGAAAACCUUCAUUGAAAUCGUGGACGAGAGAUUUGACAAAAGGACCGUCUCUGGGUGACUUUUUGACCUCCUCUCCUGUUCAUAUUCCCGUUGAUGAAGAUCCCGUCCCGUACGCACCGCACAUUCGCGCCGAAAAUCAAAAAGUUUACUUUGAGAUUUACGGAUGUCAGAUGAACGUGAACGACGCUGAUGUAAUAUGGUCGGUGUUGAAAUCACACGGGUACAGACACACAGAAAGUCUGGACGACGCGGAUAUCGUGCUGCUGGUCACCUGUUCCAUCAGAGACAACGCCGAGCAAAAAGUGUGGAACAAGCUGGAACAAUUGAACGGUCUGAGGAAAAAGAGAAAGUGUCUUGGAUUACCCAUGAAGAUCGGUCUUUUAGGCUGCAUGGCGGAGCGUUUAAAGACCAAGAUACUGGACAAGGGAAAGCUUGUGGACUUGAUAGCGGGACCCGACAGUUACAAGGACUUGCCGAGACUUUUGUCGGUGACCGACAACGAAACCGCCGUUAACGUUAUGUUAUCGUUCGACGAAACUUACGCGGACGUCACACCGGUCAGGCUCAAUCAAAAUUCCAUUGGGGCAUAUGUAUCGAUAAUGAGAGGUUGUGACAAUAUGUGCACUUACUGCAUCGUUCCGUUCACGAGAGGACGAGAGAGAUCCCGGCCGAUCGACAGCAUACUCGACGAGGUUCAGCAGUUGUCGGAUCAGGGUGUGAAGGAAAUAACUCUCCUCGGACAGAACGUGAACAGUUACAGGGAUCUGUCGCAAUCGCAGUUCGCGCUAUCCCCUUCGAACACGGAAACCCAUCUCUCCAGGGGUUUCAAAACUGUUUACAAGAACAAAAAAGGCGGUUUAAGAUUCAGUGAUCUUCUCGACAAAGUCUCUUUGAUCAAUCCGGAGAUCAGAAUAAGAUUUACGUCACCCCAUCCCAAGGACUUUCCGGACGAGGUGUUGCAACUGAUAGCCGAGAGACCGAACGUCUGCAACCAGAUCCACUUGCCCGCUCAAAGCGGAAAUUCGGCGGUUCUGGAGAGAAUGCGAAGGGGAUACACGAGGGAGGCGUAUCUGGACCUGACUUAUCGCAUACGCGAUAUUCUGCCGAAUGUGUGUCUCUCGAGCGAUUUCAUCUGCGGUUUCUGCGGCGAAACGGAGACGGAGUUUCAGGACACGUUGUCCCUGAUGGACGAGGUCAAAUACAACAUCGCUUUCCUGUUUGCUUACAGCAUGCGCGAGAAAACUACGGCGCACCGACGUUACGAGGACGACGUCGAGUCUCACAUAAAAUUGGAGCGUCUAAGUCGCAUGAAUGUGCUGUUUAGAAGGGAAGCGGAAAAAUUAAACAGAGCGCAGAUAAGGCGGCAUCAGCUUGUUCUCGUAGAAGGCACGAGCAGAAAAUCCUUUGAGAUGCUGCAGGGCAGAAAUGACGGGAAUGUGAGGGUUAUAUUACCGUCCACAAAUAUUCCAAUUGAUCGACAUUCCGGCACAACGAGAGACAUAAAGGCCGGUGAUUACGUUGUCGUGCAAAUCAACGACGCCAAUUCUCAGACACUGCGAGGGGCUUCGAACGAUGGUAUUCCACCACCUGCUGCUGUGACAGGAUUCCCACCGGCAACGCCAAAUAUCACCUCUAGCUUUGUUCCGCCCAUUAUGCCCACAGCACCCUUCAUCCCUCCUCCCAGUUUACCGCCGGGUCCUCCAGGUAUAAUGCCACCUCAGUUCUCUAUACCUCCGCCUGGCUUCACUUUUCCCAUGACCGCUGCACCUCCUCCAGAGGCUGGAGUAGUAGGUACGUCGCCGCAGAUACCAGCGCCGGGAAUUCCUCCUCCGUCGCCUAUCAACAGCGAAACCACCACAGCGAUAUCUGUGUCCGCUGUCGAGAAGAAGAGCGACUGGAGCGAGCACAAAGCCCCGGACGGUAGAACGUACUAUUACAACAGCGUCACGAAACAGUCGUUGUGGGAAAAACCGGACGAACUGAAAACACCCAGCGAAUUGUUGUUGUCGCAAUGUCCCUGGAAGGAAUACAAGUCGGAGAACGGGAAAGUGUAUUAUCACAAUGUGACCACGAAGGAGUCCAGAUGGACGAUUCCGCCGGAAUUGGAAGAGUUGAAGACCAGAAUCAUGGCCGAAGAGGCUGCCGCGGCUGCUGCGGCGGCUGUAGCUAGCGCCACAAACACCACUAUGGUUCCUGUAACCAUGCAACACGUAUCGCCAAAUAUCACAAACAUACCGCAGACCAGUACACCGGAACCAGGUGGAAAGUCUAUGAUCGAGCAGGCAAUGGCCGCAACACUCGCAGCGAUUAAUAUUCCGCCACCGCCCACGAAGACCGACGAGGACAGUAAUUCCGCGAUGGGUUCGGCCAAUGACAGUCGCACCAGUACGCCCGAGCCGAAGUUGCAAUUCAAAGAUAAAAAAGAAGCGGUUGAGGCUUUCAAAGAGCUGUUGAGGGAAAAGGAGGUGCCGUCUAAUGCCACGUGGGAACAGGCGGUGAAGUUGAUUCAAAACGAUCCCAGAUAUCCGCAGUUGAAGAAGUUCAGCGAUCGCAAAUCGAUCUUCAACUCGUACAAGAUGCAAAAGUUGAAGGAGGAACGCGAACAGGAAAGACUCAGAUUGAAGAAAGCCAAGGAAGAUCUGGAGCAAUUCCUGUUGGAGAGCGACAGAAUGACAAGUACGACCAAGUACUACAAGUGCGAGGAGAUGUUCGGCAAUCUGGAAGUCUGGAGAGCAGUUGGCGAUUCGGAUCGCCGGGACAUUUACGAGGACGUUAUCUUCAAUCUGGCGAAACGCGAGAAGGAGGAGGCGAAACAGUUGAAGAAACGAAAUACCAAGAGACUGGCACAGGUUCUGGACACGAUGACCGAAGUAACGUACAAGACCACGUGGCAGGAGGCACAGGCGUUGUUGCUGCAACACCCCGCGUUCGCGGAAGACGCGGAUUUGCUGGAGAUGGAAAAGGAAGACGCUCUGAUCGUGUUUGAGAAUCAUAUACGUCAGCUGGAGAAGGACGAGGAGGAAGAGAAAGAAUGCGAGAAGAAACGCAGAAAACGGCAGGAGAGAAAAAACAGAGACGGUUUUAUAUACCUGCUAGAUGAGCUUCACGAACAGGGCAAGCUAACGUCAAUGUCGCUCUGGGUAGAAUUAUAUCCGAUGCUGUCCGCCGACCUUCGAUUCUCAGCUAUGCUGGGACAAUCGGGCUCGACUCCUCUGGACCUCUUCAAAUUCUAUGUCGAGGACCUGAAGUCUCGGUUUCACGACGAGAAAAAGAUCAUUCGCGAAAUACUGAAGGACAAGAACUUCGAGGUGCAAGUCAACACGACCUUCGAAGAGUUUGCCACAGUUGUGUGCGAAGACCGCAAGUCGGCCACUCUGGACGCGGGCAAUGUCAAGCUGACGUACAACCUGCUGCUGGAGAAGGCCGAAGCACGGGAAAAGGAACGAGUCAAGGAAGAAGCCAGAAAGUUCAAGAAGCUGGAAACGGGAUUCAAGAACUUGCUGAAGUCUCUGAAUGUCGACUACGAAAUGACGUGGGAAGACGUUAGGCCAAAGAUUGAGGAAGAACCGGACUUCAAGGCGAUCACGUUGGAGAGCGAAAGAGCGCGAAUAUUCAAGGAGUAUCAGCACGAACUCGAGGAGAGCUGCAGUCAUCAUCACAUCAGGAUCAAGAAGAAAAAGGCGAAAAAGGUGAAACGUAAAUCGCGUUCGCGUUCGCACAGCGAGUCGGAGGGCAGUGAUAAAGGUUUGAGAAGAAAACAGCACAAGUCACCCAGCGUGCCCAGUAACGGCGAGAGCUCCGAGUCGGAGACGAAGAAGUCCAAGAGAAAGAAGAGUAAGAAGAAAAGAGGCCGCAGUCAUUCCCGCUCGGAUUCGAGACUUCCGUCUUCCGAGGAUUCUCCGGAAAGAAAACGAAAGGAGGAGAAGCUCAGACGGUCCUCGAUUCACAGCGAGGGUUCCGUUACGGAAAACAACGAUCAUCACGAACUGUCCGAGGACGAGCUGGAGAAACAAAGGGCGCAGCUCUUGCGCGAGCUACAGAUGCAGCAAGAGGAAAACUGAGCUCGUCAAGUUAAUUCUUCGAGUGAAGAUAAUAAAUCAUCAGAAUAUGUUGUUUUUGUUCCUUCCAGAGAAGAACGGUGUAUUUUCAACGGAACUGGAUUUAUUACACGACAGAAAACCUAUUUUUUUUUUUUUUUAACGCAUUCGAACGUUCAAUUUAAAAAAAAAAAAAAAAAAAAGAACAAAUGUGAAAUACACAGCAAUGUAUAUGUAUAAUGACGUUUGUGUAAAAAUAGAUCGUCUUACGUAACGCA